AUGGGCCGCUUCAAUAUAUCAUCUCCGAUUACCAGUGUUGCCGCUGUUGCCUCCCCCUCCCCGUCCCUCCACGACAGAGCUAUCCCCUCUGGUACCAACACCCCUGCCUCUGUCGCUUUUUUCCCCCCAGAGACCAAUCCGCCAACUCCGUCCGCCUACGAAAACCCGGACUACCCUUCUCCCAAUUUAUACGAAUUGGCCCUUCUCCUUCACUCCGAGCCGGGUAUCGAUGGCUUCUGGGACACGGUCGUCCGUAUCAUGAAAGAGUUUUACAAGGUUGAAAGGCUCUCUUUAACCAUUCCCACAGACCUCACAGACCUCUCCAACUCUCCAUGGGGCCAGAGAGCGACUUAUAACGAUGUCGAUGACGAGGAAGAGGAGGAAACUUCCCUUUUGUUAACAUAUCCCGAAGAAGAAGAAGCCGAAGCUGGAUUCCGCGAAGCAGGACGCAGAAGGAGAGAAUCUAAUACUACUAACCUUACCGCUACAAAUGGCAAUAGUUAUAGUAACGGCAAUCUUGAAGGACUUGAUCUACCAUCAGGACCUCACAGGGGUUUAUCUCAGGAAUCUGUGGAGACGGUCGUCAUUCCCUCGGACACCGGGGGUCCCGUUUUCUCGCCUGUUACUGUCAACCUUACACAACAAUCUCUUUCUCAAUGGGACACUAAUGACGCCGGACAUCAAUCUGAUCUUCACCCAAAUUACCCUCUGGACCCUUUGUUGCAUAUUGAAGAUGACGACUCCAAAGGAAAGGUGUUCUUGAACCUACAACCUUUGACCUACGAAAGUGAACCUUUAAUCGAUGGUGCUGGAGUAAGCAGAGUAUUAGAAAGAGGGAAGACAGUCGUUUUAUCUCGAGAAUACAAGGAUAUGCAAACAAAAUGGGAACGAUUGGCUGCCAGAAAGGAAGAGAAAGCUCGACUGCAAGAUCAAAAGAAGGCAACCGAGCCCGUUUCAGAAGCCCAGCCGCCUCUCAAAUCGAAAAGGAAAAGAUUUCCCUUUCCGUGCGUCGAGGAUUUCCAGCUCAGAUAUAAAGAUACAAUGCGACCUCGAUCGCCAACGGGGACGGGAGGAGGGGGGGAAAGAGGAGCUCCUGCUUUUGAAGAAUUUGAGCAAGCUGUUUCCUCUCCCUGGUCUCAAUCGCCAGCCCCUUCACCUGCUAUACGUGCCGACCCCACCGAAAACCCCUUCUUCGCACCUGCAAAAGUAGAUGAGGAAUGUUUCAAUCCGUCAGCCGAGAGCCCCCAGUAUUCAAGCGCCGAGCCCAUCCAUGCUAUUGGUCUAGAAAACGCCUCCACGGUGAUACACAUCCCAUUAGUACAUCCAUCUACUUCAAUUAUAAAAUUUGGUAGGAGGAAGUCUGCUGGAACCGCUCUAUCCGAUGUUAUUACUGAAAAAAGAACCCCAAUUGCCAUUCUUUCGAUAUUGUCAUCUGUGAUUCCAUACCCUAAAAACUUAGUCCAUUCGCUCACACACCUGUCCCCACUGAUGGCUACUGCUUUCGCACUCUCGCAGGCUCAUUCAAAUGCUGCCCUUCAACUUUCACAUCUACAGUUCCAAGGAUCGGAAGUUGCAGCACAACGGAAACGGGGUGAUGUCGGAUCUUCUAUUAUGAGUGUUACCAGUCCGAGCGACUAUACUAAAUCCUCAUCGAACACAAAUUCUUUAGCAGGAACUCCCAACCAAGAUCUAAUCGCAUCAUUUGGAGAUCCCAGCGGUAAGAGCCCCAUGGGUUCACCUAGCCCCAGAGCCUUCAAUGGCGAGGAAUACUUUUCAGCGAGCCAAAGACCGCCGAAUCCAAAAAGACGGACGAGCACAGGAGUUUACCAUGUUCCCAUGAGUCCUGGAGAACAACCUAUACCGACAGUUACGAAACCACAUCAAUAUAGGAUUGGCCAUCUGAUCGAGGAAGCUACAGGAAGGCCAACACGGCCUCCCAUGCCCAGAACUAUUUCAGAAGUCAUGGAACCAAGUCCUAAGAAAAAGAGAGACAAGCAAGCUAAUACAUCCGGAUCGGACAAAACUUCGGAUUCCGAAAGAGAGGGUAGUGUAGAUAUGCCGUCAUCUGAGGAUAUGCAGACCCCCAAGGCUAUCCUAACACCUAGAACAGAAGCAGGAAAACAGACUACUGGUUUCUUCGGGACACCAAAAACCGCUGAACUUAGCAUGGACGCUAUCUUAAAUACCCCAUCUGGAAAACCGCAUUAUAUUUCUAUUCCUACUGCGGACAUGCUCCCCCUUACUUCUGUGCCUGAGACCCCGAGCAGCGUACCUUUGCCCGAGACUCCAUUACACGGACCACCCAUGGAUUCAAGGGAGUUCAAAAUACGACCUGGAACGCUUAGCAGCCCAGUCCCAGACCGCGGCGGCGCAUCUACACCCGUCAUGCCCAGCGCUACACACGACCUACAAGCGAUUGAAUCAGCCCUCGAGUCUGCGAUUUAUCCUCUCCCAUCACCAAGUACAGAAGGUCUUAAAGUGGAGUCCUCGGAAAGUAAGAAUGACUCAAAAAAGAGGAUACCGCUGAGACGACACUCAUCGCUAGCUAGUUCUUACAAACACCAUACGAGGUUACAUUCCCGCGGUGCGGAUUUUGGAGCAUCAUUCCCUACGAUUGCUAGUUCUUCAAACGUUCCGAUGAGCCCUGGAUUUGGAGAUAAAAACCCGCUGAAGACGCCGCUCCCAAAUCAACAAUUUGAAGGAAGCCAAAAGAAUAUGCCGCCACCAUCGAAUAAACUUCUACGCACUAUUAUCGAUGCGAUACCCGUUCACGUAUUCACUGCUGCACCGCAGACGGGGGAGACGACGUGGGUCAACUCGCGAAUGUUAAGUUAUCGAGGGGCUACUGCAGAGGAGUUCAUGGCCGACCCAUACGAACCUUUCCAUCCCGACGAUCGGACGAACUAUGUACGAUUAUGGCUCGCGGCAGUUAGGAAGGGAGAACCAUUUUCCUAUCAGAUACGAAUCAGAAGAUUUGAUGGACAUUACCGAUGGUUUAUGAUCCGUGCUGUGCCCUUAAGGGAUAAUCGAGGAAUGAUAGUACACUGGUUCGGCACAAAUAUGGAUAUUCACGACCAAAGGAUUGCAGAGGUGAAUGCGGCACGACAAGCUGAGAUGGCAGAGUCUGAAGCGAAGUAUCGAAGUCUAGCGAAUAGUAGCCCGCAGAUAGUCUUUGCGGCUACUCUAAGCGCUGGGAUUACCUUUGCAAAUAAUCAGUGGCUUGAGUAUUCAGGACAGACGCUAGAUCAGGCUUUACAGCUAGGGUUCAUGGAGUUUGUACAUCCAGCAGAUCGGUUCAAAUGUGCUCUACCGGGAUUUAGAGUGGAGCAGAUGACUGCGAAGGAGAAGGCACUCGGGGCGUGGUUUAAAGCGGUUAGUGGGGAUGUAGGGAGGGAUAAAAUUCCUGAGAUGAUGGGGGUGAAGAAGAAAGCGGAGGAAGAAGCAUCAUCAUCACCACCAUUUUCGACAGAGUUGAGACUUAGAAGGAAAGAUGGGGAAUACAGAUGGCAUCUUGUGAGAUGUGUAUCUGUUGAGGCUUCGAAUGUUGAAGGGUUGUGGUUUGGGACUUGCACGGAUAUCAACGAUCAUAAACUUCUCGAGCAACGGCUUAAGGAUGCGAAUGAUGCGGCGAAAAAAGCGAUGGAGAGUAAGACUCGUUUUUUGAGUAACAUGUCGCAUGAGAUCCGGACGCCGUUGAUAGGAAUUAGCGGGAUGGUCAACUUUUUGUUGGAUACGCCGCUGAAUGGGGAGCAGCUCGAUUACUGCCAUACGAUUAGUAGUAGCAGUGAUGGGCUGUUGAUGGUUAUUAAUGAUAUUUUGGAUCUGAGUAAAGUUGAGGCGGGGAUGAUGAGGCUUGGAGAGGAGUGGUUUGGGGUAAGGGCUCUUGUGGAGGACGCCCAGGAGCUGUUGAGUACGAUGGCAAUUUCGAAGGAGUUGGAGUUGAAUUACUUGGUGGAAAAUGGGGUGCCAGAUGUUGUCCGCGGGGAUAGAAUCAGGUUGAGGCAGGUUCUUUUGAAUAUUGUCGGGAAUGCGAUCAAAUUCACAAGUAAAGGGGAAGUAUUUACCCGCUGCUUUGUGAUCACGGAUCAAGAAGUUCCGGCAGAUAGGGUGGUUCUUGGGUUUGAAUGCUACGACACUGGACCAGGGUUCGAUAAAAAAGAUGAAGAGCUAAUGUUCAAACCCUUCAGCCAGAUCGACGGAUCCAGCACCCGAGCCCAUGGAGGAAGCGGAUUGGGGUUAGUUAUCUCGAGACAGUUGGUUGAAUUACAUGGCGGCAAGAUGAUGGCUACCAGUAAGAAAGGGGAAGGAUCCAAGUUUUGGUUUUCGGCAGUUUGCAAGGUCCACAAGAGAGGGGAUGAACUAACGGCACUUACGACACCCACUACGGUACAGACACCAGUGACUACACCGCCUUCGCUUGUUGUCUCUUCUACAUCUUCAUUGGAGACGGAAGCGUCAGUUGGGACGAGUUGUGCAGGUGAUGGGUUGGGAAUUGUCGGCAUUGGAGUGCAGCCUUUGAGUACAAUUAGUCAAAGGGCGUUGGCGCACCCGGUGCCCUCGGCGCAAGACCCGAGUUCUAUGCGAUUUUCAUUGCCUGCCGAAGUUCAGGAGAAGGUUGAGAAGGCUGAGAAGGCAGCCAGGGAGAAAGAAACAGAAGUAGUCGUUGCAAAAGAGGAUAAGGGUAAAAAGGGUUGUUAUGUGGAGAAGUUUGGCAUAUUGAUUAUUUCAUUCAUGCCAUUCAGUCGGCUUGCAAUCGAAAGUCAUAUCCGUACCGUCUUACCUAAAAGGAUCCCUGCGGAGAUUAAGGUUGUCAAAGACGUCGAAGAAGCGAGGAAGAUGCUUCUCGAUAGGAAAAACGGAGUACAGGGAAUCUUUUUUUCGCAUAUCGUGAUAAAUGUUCCCGACUAUGCGCAAAUUGCGAGGAUCACGAGCAUCAUAUGCGAAAGAGAAAGAUUUUCAUCUACAACCAUGGUUAUUCUUACGACGCCCAUUCAUCGAACGGGGAUUAUCGAAGAGAACCCGAAAUUAUACGACAAUAUGGGGGCCAGGGUACAAUUCAUCUACAAGCCGAUAAAGCCAUCACGACUCAGUGUCAUUUUUGAUCCGGAGAAACAGUGUGAUGCGUCAAUGGAUCGGUACAGACAUACAGCUCAGCAGGUUGUUGAAAGUCAAAAAGCGGUGUUUAGAAGGAUGGAGGAGGAAGUCGGGAACAAAGGGCAUAAGGUGUUACUUGUGGAGGAUAACCCUGUCAAUCAAAAGGUGCUCCUGAGGUUUUUAGGAAGGGUCGGAGUUGAUGUCGAGACUGCGACUGAUGGGGAGGAGUGUGUGGCGAAGGUUUUGGAGAAAGGGGUUGGAUGGUAUAGCUUGAUUCUUGUGAGUAUCUCCCCACCAUUACUGCCUGAGUAUUUUAAGGGGGUGUGUAUACACAAUUUGAUUGGAGACUAA